CGAUCAAAAUUAGGUUUAUUGUUUUUGGUGGAACAAGCAAACGAGAUCAAAUUAGGUUUAUUGUUCUUGUUGUCGCCACCAAUUAAGCCACAGAAGAAGCUAUGUCGUUCGUUCAUAAAGCAAUUCUUUAGUUUAUUCGACAAAACCGAGCGAAGAAACAAACCCUCCUCCUGUCUGAACGAAGAAAAGAAGAAGAAACUCCACCUAGUGCUUGACUUGGAUCACACUCUUCUCCACACUAUCUACGUUUCAGAGCUUUCUAAGAGAGAACGGUAUCUGAUCGAGGAAGCUGAAUCAAGGGUUGAUCUGUGGAGGUUCGAAAAAGACAAUCCCAACAACGAGCAUCUCAUAAAGCUACGACCUUUCCUCCACGAGUUUCUACAAGAAGCCAACAAGAUUUUCUACAUGUACGUUUACACGAUGGGCACUCACAGUUACGCGCAGCGUGUAUUGAGUUUGAUUGAUCCUGAUAAAGUCUACUUCGGAGAUAGAGUUAUAACCAGAGAGAAAAGCCCUCGUAUGAAGACACUUGAUCUCCUCUCUGCUGAUAAACGAAGAGUGGUUAUUGUUGAUGAUACGAGUAGGGUUUGGCCGCAACACAAGAGGAACUUGUUGAAGAUCGAAGGGUACAGUUAUUUCAGAGAGGGUGUAUGCAGUGUGGGAGAAUCUUACGCAGAGAGGAAGAUAGACGAGAGUGGAAGGAAUGGAGCAUUGUUUAAUGUUCUGAAACUCCUUCAGAAAGCUCACAGAAGAUUCCAAGAAGUGGAUUCUAACGACUUGAGGCUUUUGAUACGUGAACCUUGUACACAGUGUUGCUUUUGA